AUGAGCUGCGCAGUGGGAAGCGACGUCGCAAACUGGAACUCUACAAGAGCGCACCCCGUGUUGAAGCCCGGUUUCUAUGCCACCCAUGCUGAGCCCCUCAGCGCUUUUCAGUGCUUGAGAUACGAUGUCUGUCCUGGUGGCGAGCCGGAGAGCUGCAACGGAGGACUGCAGGGCUUGGUUUGUCACCAUUGCCCACAGGGCCAGCAGUUGAAGGGACAGCAGUGCGAAGACUGCACGCCCAACGGCAGAGUCCUCCUCCUCGGCGUGGUCAUUCUCGGCAUGGUCAGUAUCAUCGUCGCCCACGUCAUGGCGAACUGGCCCUUGACAAGAGGCUCGCGCACGGUCAUGACCGCGGUGUUCUUCUGCGGCAUGGCAGUCACCAUUGUGUUGACCUUGGGGGUCUACGGAACGCUGGACGUCAUCUGGGAAUCUCCUCUCAGUGAGUUCCUGGUGCUUUUUUCGAUCCUCCGGCUGGACUUGGAGAACUUCUCGUUCUCGUGCUUUGUGGGGCGGAAGGAUUUCGUCGUGGAGCAGUCGGUGAAGAUGGUGGGCUUCCCUCUCGCAUGUGCCGCGGCGGCGGCUGGAUCCUUCCUGCUGAGCAAGAUUCCGAAAACCAGGCGAUUCUCCAGCUUCAAUGCCCCGGCACUGAUCAACACCGCGGGAUUCCUCCUCUCCGCGCUCUUGGUCUCCGUAUCCUUCAUGAGCAUGGAUGGCUUCCGCUGCAAGCAGAACCCCAAUGGCAGGCAGAUUCUCCGUGCCGAUGGCCACAUUGUGUGCUGGGAAGGUGGUGUGCACACCGACCUGCUGGUCCUGAGCUCUUUGGCCAUCCUGGUGUAUCCAACCUCUUUCUUGGCCUUGACAGCUUACGCGGCCUUCAACUUCGCUCCGCUCUCCGUGCGCUACGGGGUCCGCUUCACGGCCUCCGUGCGUUUUCUGUCUGGCCGCAUGCAGCCCGAUCGGAUCCUUUUCGGCCUUGCGUGGAACGUGCGAAACUUUCUAAUCUCCCUGGUGCCCGUGGUCGCUGCCAAUGACUUUGCAAUGCAGAUCCUCCUUAUCUUGGUCAUCUUCCUCCUGUGGCUUGUGGUUCAGUCGACGUAUCAGUGCUGGCGCUUCGGAAUUCUGAACAUGCUCGACACGGUGGUCAGCGUCUCGCAGGUCAUCAUGCUGUGGCUCUUCACGUUAUUCGCGGACAUUCCGAAUAAGGACAUGGUUGGGUGGUCCAUCAUCACCAUGUUCGUUGCGGUCGUGAUGCUUCUGGUGACCAGCGCAAUGCUGAAAAUCGUCCUCUUUCUGCGUGGCCGCAAGCAUUACGACAUUUUCAUCUCGCACCACAAGGCCGCUGCUGCGCUUGCAGCGAGGCAUCUGAAGACCUUGCUCGGGAUGUGUAGCACCUCGUUCAAUGUCUUCCUGGAUGUGGAUGAGCUCGACAACCUGGAUUACCUGACCUUUGCUGUGAAGAGCACCCGGAAGCUGCUGGUGCUUUUGACCAGUGAUGUCUUGACUCGACCUUGGUGCGCCCUUGAAAUCACAACCGCCUUCCUCAACCAGGUGCAGAUCGGAAUCGUGGACCUGACCGUGGAGCAGGUGGACCUAAGGGAUACCAGCUACCUGAAGCAAGUCCUGAAGUCCUUCACGGAGGAAGACCUGGGCCUCUUUGCAAAGCACGGCAUCACCACCAAGGAUGUUGCGAAUGCCUUCUUCUACCUGCAUAAGACCUCCAGGACGAAGCUGCGCCUGGACCUCUGCGAUGCACAGGUGCAGAUGGACUGUGUGUUGCAGGCGGCUGGACAGGAGAUGGUGAGACAGAUUCGGAGGCCGAGGAUGCCGUCCAUGGAUGCAGACAAGACCUUGUACAUCGUCUUCAACACGCAGUGUGAGAAGCAGUGCAGUGUGGCGUUUCUGCUGAGGCACUCCUUUCGGGAGUGGCACUGGGAUGCGUCCAUGUUUUGUCCAGCAUCGAUCCGCCGGAGCCGACAGGGGCCCGGCAGCCCAGGUGCUGAGCUCAUGGACUUCCUGCCUCUGAAGCAGCGGUCCGUUGCCAUUGUGCUGAUGUCACGGGGGCUUCCAUAUGAUGCCGUUGCCGUGGGAGGCCUGGUGCUUCUUCAGCGGGCAGGCGUGGGCAUCAUCACAGUCCUGAGCCAAGAGACAUUUUCGAGGCCUGGUCAGGACUACUAUCAGCGGCUUCUGGCCAACCAGGUGUUUCAGGGGGAAGACGCCGAUGUGCUCGAUCAUCUCUGUGCUGGUUGCACUGGGUCGGAACUACUUCGAACACUGAAGCCGCUGUACAAACUGCUGGCAUGGAUCGUUAGCCCGGAGCAGCACAUCAGCUUAUUCCAUCAGGAAAUGAGAGUCGUGCGCCAGCGUGUCGAGAAGGAGUUCAUGCGACGCUCACUGAAGCUUGAAGCCCAAGGCCAACGAACAUCAUCCUGCUACCCGAGCGAGUACAGGAGCCCCUCCAGUGAUCUCGACAUGCUCGUCGGCAGCAACGCGGAGUCGGCGAAGUUGGAGGGGUUGCCGGAGAUGGAGAUUGCCCACACGCUCUCGAUGCGCAGCCAGUCGGCCAUGGAUCGUCUCAGCUCCGAGGAGGUGCGGGCUGCCGAGAUACACCGCUCAUUCUCUCUCCUGGAGAUGAGCCGUGAGGAGGUCUCCUUCCACCUGCAAUCUUCAUGGAAUGGCAACCGGGAGAUCUUCUUCGCGGUCUGA